AUGGACUAUGAAGCUGCGCUGCAUGCUUUGAAGUUUGCAACUAAUUCGCGAAGUUUAGAGGCUUUGGAUGAAUUUCUGGAGAUGCAUGUCGAUUGUUUGAGGCGAUGCAACACACCACCUACCGGUCCUGAGCGUCUGCAGUCCAGAUCGGCUACGCAGCCAAACAUAGACGAAGCUGACGCGAAAACAAUAGCGUCGAAAUUGUCCACUAGCGAGCAAGCAGUAGUUUACGCUGCAUCUAACUCUUUUGAUGGAUACAGUCUCGAAAAGAUCAAACAGUCUCUAGAGACAGCUCAUUGUUCCGUUAUCAAACUUACAACUGAAUUAAUAAAACGGUUCGACCUUGAGAGCGAUCCGUCAGAGCGCCAAAGCACUGUCAACAGACAUGUUCCUCAAAUUUUGGCCGAUGAACAGUUUUUCCCUCGAAUCUUUGAUGUUAUAGGUAGUGGAAAGCUCUCCCCAGCAGUCCUUACAUCGCUCCUGGAUCUAGUCUUCACUGCACUAUCCUAUGUCAUUCCCGAUUCAUCUCUUUUGAUUGUUGAUUGGGUACAAAAAGCGGCGGUUCCGACUGGACAUUUUUCAGCGUUCAGCCACGAAAACUUCUCUCGGGCUGUCUUAAUUAGUCUGCAAUUCCUCAAUGUCCACCAAGAUUUUUCGUACGACAACGAAGGUUUCUCCUACUUCAAAGAUGGUGACGUGCUUUUGACACUACACAGAGCUUUUGCCGAUGCACCGGUCUCAAUUAGAGUGGUUUGGGCCCUUGUACUUCACAAUGUUGCCGUCAGAUAUAGUGGCCAACCGGAUAAGUCACUUAGUGGCCUUUUGGAAGCGUGCAAAGCGAAAGGAUGCGAAGAUUUAGACAUCAAGUCUGGCGAAAUGCUGAAGGCAGCAUUAGAUGAUUAUGGGCUGACGGAGCUAGUUGACCUAGCUAGUGCUACUGGUGAAUCUGUGCAAGUAUCCCAAACAAUCGCAGAUGUUCUUCAAGCGCUCUGUCACUGUGUCUAUAUCACACAUGAUUUGGCAAGAGCUAUAGACAUGGUGAUUUCUCCGUUUCCCAUUCUGGCGAAAGGAUUUUUUGCGAAUGACUUCAUAGCCACCGCGGUCGAGCUGGCUAAAGCCAAAGUUCCCGCUGCGCUGCCCACAUUCGUUCACCUUGCUAGAGCCACUGGACCUGCUGCAAAUAAAUUGGUGGCUAAUCUUGACUCGUUCGUUGAUGAGGUCGACAGUAGCAGCAUUGAUAUCGAAGGAACGGAAGCUGUCGCUCGAAGCCCACUAACGCUACUUGCGCCAAGAACUACUGAUGGACAGGGCGCCAUCGUUCUGCCAGCCAAAUGGAGUGGUAAAGUACUGGCAGAUGGCGAAAGACCACUAGUGAUGUGGAAUUUUCAAUAUAAUGGCUGGUCUUUGUUAGCUCGCGUGCUUGAAGGUUCUAUCGCUGGACAGUCAACUGACGCACUGGCAAUUAUACGACUGAUUAAUACUGUUAUUCCAUUACUGGAUGCUGAGAGCACGGACAAACUACUGGGAUCGCUGUCAGCCUCGCUUGCUCGGGGUGACAUUGUUGAGCUAUUAGCGACACGACUCGAAGAAUCUAUAGGGGACUUCUCUCGAAUGGAGGAAUGCACAGUAUUACUGGGCUUUUUCGUCAAGCUAACCCCUGUGCUUCCAAAUCGGGUAUGGACACAUAUUGCCUGCUCACGCCUGCUUGAACAGCGUGGUGAGGCAGGGUUCAUCGCCACAGUUGUAGGUGGUGUCGAGAUCGUAACCCACAGAUAUGACUUCACGCUUGAAGUUGUUAAGCUCACUAGGGUUUUGCUGGAUCACUUUGACAGUGAGAGCAAGUUACAAACAGAUGUGAUGCAGAAGCUUUUACGACAUUUGCUGGACGUCUUCGAAUCCUUCCUAUACUGGAGUUACAAGAUACCCAGACAGCGUGACUAUCUCAUGUCUGGCAUUGUAGGGGUCAUCUCAGCAGCCGCUGAGGGGGAUAUCGGGCCCAAUGCCGAAUUUUUACUCAAAAAUUUGCUAGGACGCGGUCCUUCAAGCGCCAGAGCCAUACGCCCUUUGCUGGUAGCCAUUACUACAACGACCGAACCAGCAUACUUCAAAGUUUGCUCUUGGUUGGUCAACACUAGAAGUUCCCAGAAACUUGAAUAUUCGUUGCUGGAAAGGAAGUUACAUGAUUCAGCGACACAGCUUGUGCAAACAUACUACCAACAUCCCUCUCUUCGUGAAUCUGUUCUAGAGGUUCUGGAAUCUCUUGUAAAGGUAGGGGGACCAGAUCAACCCUCGCUUCUAACUUAUUUGGGCCGAUCCGGGUCUCAGCUUUUACUAGAUGCACUCGUCCACAGUGCUGGAAGCAAACUGGAAUUAGACGAUGGUCUGGUUGCACUUGGCAGCUUUUUCACAACAGUAGCCCGCUCCCAGCAAGAAGGACUGCGGAUAUUGCUUUCAUCAGGGAAAGACGUCCAAAAUGCACCUUCAGCACCUUCUUCCGACUCCCCUGACACGUUUUUGCAUGCUCUAGAGAGUCUUGCGAUGCGUAAGCUUAGUCCUCGUGUGCUUUCAAGCGUUUUGGAAGCGCUGGCAGAGGGAAAUACCAGAAGCGAGAAUGUGAUCCAACGUGCAGUCGAUAUUGUUGAGAUGGCUUACUGCGAUGCUUUUGAACCCACUGUAGAGGGUGCUUACCAUGUUCUAGUUGUAGCUAGAGCGGUGCAGAUUCUCGCCUCUCUAGAGUUCAAUGGUAUUAAAUGCCCGACUCUCGAGAAAUUUGUCCGCUCUCUCACGCGCACAAGGUUGAGGGGAUUUACGGAGAAAUUCUUCGCUGUGCAAGGCUUCGAUGCCUUGCUACAUGAAAAUAUCCAUCAGCAAUUCCUCAAAUUACAGCCACAGCCACAACCAAUAAGACAACACAAAUGCUAUGGACCCGAGUUCGGUUACUCUCUCACUCAUCUAGAUCUCUGCUUGCGUCAAAAACCGGAGUGGAAGACUCUUAGACCUCGCGUGGCAGAAGCAAACAUCAAUCUAUCUUUCAUUGACGCGCAAACUGUAUUGGUUAGAUUUUGGCGGGCGUGGUGUAUGGCAGUUUUGACACAGGGUGCUCUAGAAGAAGAUUUAGCUGUUGUGGCUGAGAUUGCUUUACGCGCGAAUUUGUCUGACCUUACAGUUCCUUAUUUCAGUCAGGGGUGUGAAAUGCGUAUCGACCUGGUGUUUGCGAUUCUACACCGUCUUCACAUUAACAAAAAGCUCACCUUUUCGUUGGAAAUACUCCAGGAAGCUUUGAGGUUGAUCAGUGGGUCUGCUUUGGGCAUACAAGCAGUAAUCACGGCGCCAGGUGCGUCGAGUGCGUAUAAAUACCUUUUGCGUAUUGUGAACCUCGAGCUAUCAGUUUUCGAGGGAACUCCCGACCCGAAAGUCAGGGAGCUUCUUUUAGCAUUGAUUGAUCGAGUUGUUAUCUGUGAUGCAAGAGUAAUUGCUAGCCAAACAACGCAAUCCACCGCAGAAGCUACAGCGGAGUAUUUCACUGAGAUUAUUCUUUGUCUUCGCCAAAGCUUGGCUCUGAUUCACGAUGCGUCAAGUACCGCACAACCGCUGCUUCAAAGCAUGCUGGACACAGGAGCAGACCGGGCAGUGGCUCGCUUAUAUUCUUAUGCACUUGAGCUGCAACCGGAAAAUCCAGUUUUAGGAGAGCUCGCAUUGCUCUACUUUUUGGAGUGGCUACCACUUGCAACAAUGGCUGACCACUUUGUAGCUAAUGGGCUUCUCACUGUAAUUCUAGAGGCACCGCUUUCCCGCCGUAUACAAUCUGGAAACAUUGUUGCCUCCGCAGAGCCGCGUCUUCAUUCUGCAUGGCAGCGAGGCUUGCUUAUGAUUAUGCUUGUUCUACUUCAACAGCUUGGUAGUCGGGUUGUACCCGAAACUGUUCUAUUUAUCGAGGGAUUUGGUCCUCAGAUAGACACAUGUUGGCAACAAUGGAUCCAGCCCUCGGGUGAAAUUUCUAUUGCACUCAUUGGAGAGACAUUCUUGAUCAACAUUCUGCUGGCAACAUUGGCAUCGCACGGGCGCCAAGAUACACUUGGCAGAGUGCUGCCGAAGAAUGAGUUGCUUCAAGCCAUUGAUCAUCUCUCGAGUCACAGAAAGUAUCUGUCGACACGCGUCACAACGUCAGACGAUCAGCUCGACCAAGUGGUAGAGGAAAUGGAGGAUUUGAGAAAUGUUAUAUCACAAAGAUAA